GUACUUAAAAGAAGGAUGAGUUUGCUGGUAGGUAAGGAGAAUAGAUUUGCUUUCCUGCUUCCUGCUCGAGAUGAUGGUAAUCGCUUGGCUUGGUUUCCUAGCUUAUACGCUGCUCGUCUCAGCCGAUAAGCAUGACAAGGAGGGAGAUGCAAUGAUAUAUUUGAACCAUUUUAACUACAUCUCCAACACCCGUUCCGGAAACCACGACGGUAAGACUGCGAUCAAGAACUUCCAGCGGUUUGCCGGGCUUAAGGUGACUGGUGACCUGGAUGAGCCCACGGUCCGCCAGAUGAAAAAACCGCGGUGUGGCGACCCGGAUGUGGACGAUAAGGGGAAGCGUAGACGCCGUUACUUACUAGCAAGCAAGUGGAGAAAGAAUGCCCUGACGUACCACCUAUCAUACGGCAAGGACCUUCCCAACUUUGUACAAGACCGUGUGUUUGAAAAGGCCCUACAGUUCUGGGCUGAUGUAUCGAAGCUGAGUUUCUCACGAACUAGAUAUGUGUGGAAUGCAGAUCUCAAGAUAAGCUUUGGUUCUGUGACUCACAGAGGACCAGGCGAGAGUCAUUGCGCGUAUCCAUUUGACGGCCGUGGUAAGGUACUGGCACACGCCUUCUACCCUCCAAAUGGGCGUUGUCACUUUGAUGACGACGAGACAUACACAGACGGGAUAUCUGAUGGGAUCAACCUUCUAUGGGUGGCGACGCAUGAGUUCGGUCACGCCCUAGGUCUGGAGCAUAGUAACGUAAGAGGUGCGGUCAUGUUUCCCUACUACCACUCAUAUCAACCCAACCUUAAACUCCACGAUGACGACAUCAAUGGCAUACGGGCACUUUACGGUGCACUUGGCGAGCCGACCUGUGUAGAUGACUCUAAUUACGCCCGGUUCUGCUUGGGAUGGAAAGCGGACUGUAGCGACCAUACGUUUGUACGGCGGUACUGCAGAAAAACAUGUGGACUGUGCUGACUUGAUCAGUAGAUGAUGACAGCCAAAUAAAGAUGUGAUCAUUCUGAAAUGAAUAGAAAUCAAUAAAGAUUAACAAACAAA